GGUGCUUCUCGCAGGUCAAGGGGGCCAUCGACGAGGACGUGGCCGAAGCUGACAUCAUUUCAACCGUUGAAUUUAAUUACUCUGGAGAUCUUCUUGCAACAGGAGACAAGGGCGGCAGAGUUGUUAUUUUUCAGCGGGAACAAGAGAAUAAAAGCCGCCCUCAUUCUAGGGGAGAAUAUAAUGUUUACAGUACCUUUCAAAGUCAUGAACCAGAGUUUGACUAUUUGAAAAGUUUAGAAAUUGAGGAAAAAAUUAAUAAAAUCAGGUGGUUGCCACAACAGAAUGCUGCUCAUUUUCUACUCUCUACAAAUGAUAAAACUAUAAAAUUAUGGAAAAUAAGUGAACGAGAUAAAAGAGCAGAAGGUUAUAACUUGAAGGAUGAAGACGGACGACUUCGAGAUCCAUUUAGAAUCACAGCACUGCGGGUCCCAAUAUUGAAGCCCAUGGACCUUAUGAUGACCUGAGAAUUAACCUAUGGCAUUUAGAAAUCACAGACAGAAGCUUUAACAUCGUCGACAUCAAGCCCGCCAACAUGGAGGAGCUGACGGAGGUCAUCACCGCGGCGGAGUUCCACCCGCACCAGUGCAACGUGCUCGUCUACAGCAGCAGCAAGGGCACCGUCCGGCUGUGCGACAUGCGCUCCUCCGCCCUGUGCGACAGGCACUCCAAGUUUUUUGAAGAACCCGAAGAUCCCAGCAGUAGGUCCUUCUUCUCAGAAAUCAUCUCGUCCAUAUCCGACGUAAAGUUCAGUCACAGUGGCCGGUACAUGAUGACCAGGGACUACCUGUCGGUGAAGGUGUGGGACCUCAACAUGGAGAGCAGGCCGGUCGAGACCCACCAGGUCCACGAGUACCUGCGCAGCAAGCUCUGUUCUCUGUACGAAAACGACUGCAUCUUCGACAAGUUUGAGUGUUGCUGGAACGGUUCGGAUAGUGCUAUUAUGACUGGGUCCUACAACAACUUCUUCAGAAUGUUUGAUAGAAACGCGCGGAGGGACGUCACCCUGGAAGCUUCGAGAGAGAACAGCAAGCCCCGUGCCAGCCUGAAGCCUCGGAAAGUGUGUACAGGGGGUAAGAGAAAGAAAGACGAGAUUAGUGUGGACAGUCUGGACUUCAAUAAGAAGAUCCUUCACACAGCCUGGCACCCCCUGGAGAACAUUAUCGCUGUAGCCGCCACCAAUAACUUGUAUAUAUUCCAGGACAAAGUCAACUAGAGCGCUAACUCGAGGACCAAGUCUCACCUUGCAUAGUUAAGCCGGACGUCUCUCUGUCAGAGAAAAGGCGUCAUUGUCCGCUCCAUUAAGAACAGUGAUGCACUUGCUCCUUCCCUCCACGGACGCCGGAGAGGAGCGGCCCUGGCUGGAGUCCCUGCGCGGCUGUGCCCCAGCGCGGCGGGGUGGGCGCUGCCGCUCCCGUGCAAGCCCCCUCGAAGCAGUGUGGACGGCCGUCGCUCCAUAAGGCCAUUACUCAAGAUAAAUGUAUUUAUUUAAGCCUGAGCCUUCCUUUUCAGUUUAUAGACCAAAAGGUUAACAUCCAUGAGAAAAGUUAUUGUCAAAUUUCCCCCGCCCCGGCCCCAACUCCUCCCUCUGCCAUCGCACUUGGGCCUCGCGUGUGCGGCGUGGCGCCGUCCGCCGGGCUCACCGUGCCCAGGCGCGGCGGCUUUGCUCACCCACUCUGCCGUCGCACCUCUGGCGUAACCACUUAAUAAAAGCAACACACUAUAUGGAGUGUUUUUAAAUCCAAACAUAAGUAUCGUCUUUUUAUUUGCUUUAAUUGCAUACAAUAAAAUUGUGCAGGAUUAUUCUUUGGAACAAUUUAGAAAACUUUUGCCCUCCAUUGGCAGGAUGGUACAGUAUGUGCAGCACUUCAGACUCUGAAUGCAUCUUCCCCCGAACUGCCAAACUUUUGUUUCUGUCAAAAUAGUCCAUCUGAUACACCAGGUAAGGUCUGGGAAAAGCCAUAACUGAGGCCACCUCUGAGAGACAAAUUGCAAGGAAGGGUAACACAAUUGCUGCUAUAAAAUUAACGUCUGGUUCAAAGUAGGCCUCCAAUUCCAUACAGUUGGAAACGUGCUUUCUUCCUAAGCCCUUUAAAGUACUUUGGGAGGAAAUAACUUUUUAAGUAUUGCUAAAAUUAUGUGCAUGCAAAAUUUCAUAUUGCAAUUCAAACCAGCAAAAUUAAGCAAUUUUAUUUUGCGAUGCCACCAGCAUCUCGGUGGUUCAUUUUAAAAGUAUCUCCAAUAUCAGAAAUCAGGAUUCCCCAAGACAGACACAGCAGUGUACCGAGGGGGAUGACCAGCACUUGCCCGGGAUCUGUCACGAGCCUGGUCCGUGUCCUCCGGGAGGUGGAGGGGGCUCCUGGCCAUUGUUGAAAUGAAGCUGUAUUUUGAUUACUAAUGAUACGGAUGUGCAAGAACAAAAUGUCAUUACCCUGAAUUGCUGUUAACAGAAUGCCACUUUAGUUCACAUUGUUAGAAAUUGAGAAUCUAAAAGUACCUUUGUUUUAACUUAAAAAUAACUCUUACAGUGCACAUUGGGUGUGACAACGGACAGAGUCUGAGGUGUGGACAGAGUUGCUUAAGCGUCAGUCAGCCCUGGUCCUUAAGAAACAAACAAUUCUAGUAAAAUGGGAUUGUAUAUAUU